UAACCUAAACAUGAGUUAUUGGGCCAAAUUGUAGUCCAACUUGAUUUCGGGGCGAAAACUGUUGGGUAGACCUUCAAUCACUUGGGAAAUUUGCAGAAAAAAUUAUUGCUAGUUUCGGUUCAGAUGCUCAGCGCCUUUAGCCAAUUUUCGAUGAUUUAGGCAUGAGAUAAUGAAAGAGAAGAAUCCAACUGUUGCUGCUUCUACUUCAAUUUUCAAGAAAGUAUUGUUGAAUUGUUCAGCUCAGGCGAAAGUGUAUGGAAGUUGUGUUGCAGCAAAGGUUCCAGAAGUAGAACGUGAUAUGUGUUUAAAAGAAUUCCUUGAAUUGAGCAACUGCAUGAAAAGUGUGAUAAGAAGAAAGGUUUGAAUAGUAUAUAUAUGCAAGUUAGAGUGAUAAGCAGCUGUUGUUGAAAGUUGAAUCAAGCAUGAAAAGGUUAGGUGUUCCUCAGGUCAGUAGUUCUACAUAGGGGGAAGUGAAACAUGUCAGCACAAGCAUCUUCUUCUCAGCCUUCUGGUUUUGGUAGUUCUGGGGCUCUAUCACAUGUGUAUAUUCAGCAUCCACCUUUAAGAUGCAAAAUCUCAGGCGCAAGAAAUAUUUUCUAUGAUGAUGGCACGAAACAGCUUAUUGUUCCCACAUCUGAUCAGGUUUUCUGUUGGAAAACAACUCCAUUUAAUCCAAAUGUGACUCCAUCCUCUGAUCAAAUAGGCGAAGGUCCAGUUUUGUCCAUUCGAUUUUCUUUAGAUUUAAAACUUCUGGCUGUACAACGAUCCCAUCAUGAGGUUCAAAUCCAGAACAGAGAGAGUGGGGAUACUUUUAGUUUCAAGUGCAGGUCUGAGUCAGAAAGGAUUCUUGGAUUCUUUUGGACAGAUUCACCGACGUGCGAUAUUGUCUUUGUGAAGACCAGUGGACUGGAGUUAUUCUCGUGCUGUUCUGGAAUAAGAUCACUUCAAUUGGUAGAGACUAAGAAACUGAAUGUGAGCUGGUAUGUCUAUACACAUGAAAGUAGAUUGGUGCUUCUAGCCACGGGAAUGCAGUGCAAGAACCUUACAGGAUAUCAGAUUUCAUCCGUAGGAAUAGUCCGAUUGCCAAGGUUUGACAUGGCAAUGGCAAAAUCUGAGGCAAAUAGUAAGCCUGUCCUUGCUGCAGAGGAUAUUUAUAUCGUCACAGUUUAUGGUAGAAUUUACUGCCUGCAACUUGAUAAAAUAGCAAUGCAACUCUAUUGUUACAGAUUUUAUCGGGAUGCCGUGAUACAACAGGGUUCUUUGCCAGUUUAUUCCACCAAGAUAGCUGUCAGUGUAGUCGACAAUGUACUGCUUGUUCACCAAGUGGAUGCGAAGGUGGUUAUCAUAUAUGAUAUAUUUGCAGAUUCUCAAGUGCCUGUAUCUGCUCCACUUCCAUUAUUGGUUAGAGGUUUUUCUAGAGCAAAUGCUGCAGCCUCUCAAUUGAUGGGUCAAAAUGUUGAAGGUCUGGAGGGAAAGGACUCAAAUCAUGGUGAAACAGUCAUUUAUGCAGAUGAGUGGGUAUUCCUCGUUCCAGACCUUAUAUGUGAUAUUGCCAAUGGAGUUUUGUGGAAGAUCCAUUUAGAUCUGGAGGCCAUUUCUUCUAGCAGCUCAGAAGUGCAAACAGUCCUCGAAUUUUUGCAGAGGAGGAAAUUAGAAGCAAAUAAGGCUAAACAGUUGUGUUUGGCAAUGGCUCGGACAAUUAUUCUCGAACGACGGCCUGUGCCCAUGGUUGCAAGGGCGAUAGAUGUCCUAGUCAACUGUUUCUCUCUUUCAAUAAAAACUGGAAAACAUCAUAUGGGAUCAAAAGUGGAGAGAAGUUCAACCAGUGGUUCUAAUGUUAAUAGUGCUAUUGAUGAAUCCAUCAGUCAAGCAGAUACCUCUGAGAAGUCAGCAAAACAAGAAAGUGGUAGUGGCACGCAUGACAAGUCUAUUGUCAAAUCGUCUUCCAUUACUUCAGAGUCUGAAGACAAUGUUAGUUUUGCAAAAAUUAGAGGCAAAUCUAUAAAUGUCGAUUUAUCUAGUAGUGAACAAAAUGGAGGUAACUUGGUUGGGACAGAUGUAUCUGGUGAUGAAGCUCAGCCUUCUGUUGUACGACCUCAAGCUCCUGGAUCAGGUAGCACUUCCCUAAGGACUGAUGAACAGCAGGAGUCUCUCGUAACUUCUGCUGCAAUAUCUCCAGAUGAUCUGUGCAGCUUUGUGUUUGCUCCUGUAGAGGAGGAAAUGGCUGGGGAUUCUUCUUACUUGGUUGCAAUCAUUGUUGAGUUCCUACGCAGUGCUAACCUGGAAAGGUUGAAAGUGCCUCUGAAUAUUUAUGUAUUGAUGAUACAACUGCUAGCACGAAACGAAAAUUAUGCAGAACUUGGAUUGUUCAUCAUGAAUAAGAUAAUUGAGCCCUCAAAAGAAGUUGCAAUGCAAUUACUAGCAUCAGGCAGGCAUAAUUUUCAAACAAGGAAGUUGGGCCUAGAUAUGCUCAGAGAACUUGCAUUGCACCAUGACUAUGUCUUGCUACUUGUUCAAGAUGGAUAUUAUCUUGAAGCUUUACGUUUUGCCAGGAAAACUAAGGUGAAUACUGUUCAGCCUUCAUUGUUUCUUGAGGCAGCUUAUGCUUCUAAUGACUCGCAACACCUGGCUGCAGUUCUAAGAUUUUUCUCAGACUUCAUUCCUAGGUUCAAGAGCACUGCUGAUCACCAAACUUAUAGUCGUUAUCUUGCCGAGAUGAAUACAAUGGUUACUGCUUGAGGCACCUUGACAUAAAUGAAGAAGUUGGAUCACUUGCCGAGAUGAAUGCAAUGGUUACUGCUUGAGGCACCUUGACAUAAAUGAAGAAGUUGGAUCACUUUGUUCCCCCUUGAAGAUCAAUGAUUCAGUUUAUUGUUGAAUGUCAAAGUUCUGAAAGAUGGCUUUGUGGCUUCAUGCAAGCACAGUAAGAACCAGAUACUGGAGGUAACUUGUAAAAACAGGCAUUAAUAAUAAGCUUCAGUUUUUUGGAUGGGACUUGUAACAUGUAUUACAGAAAUUAGUUUUUGAAAUGCUGAGGACUAGUAAGAUGGAUGUAAUUAUCAUACUCCAUUUUCCUGGUGA